UGUAGACUUUGGGUGGAUAUAAAAAUGAAGGUUACAACGGAAGUGGUAGUCUUUUUGCUGCGCUGUACAAAGAUGUGGGCCUCUUUACUCGUUGCUCUUUCUUUAGUUGUGCUCUCCAGUGGACAGACUCCAUCAAUUUCCGAGACAUUUGCUGCUGACGUUGAAGUUGAAAGGCACACAAGGGGUGAAACUCAUUUUGGAGUCGGUGAGAUAUGCAGGGAUCAAACCAGCCAAAAAGGUCUUGAAGCCUACAACAUCACAUUGGGAAAUGCCUCCAACUACGAGAUAGUGUACAGGCUGGAGAGAUACGACCUGGACCCACCAGUGGAAUACCACAUCAGAGGUAUCAGUCAAGAUACACACAUGCACUGCAAUAUGGAGGAUCCUCCUGAUCCCAAGCUCCAGCCAUUCUUUGGUUGGCUUGCAAAUGCUAAAGACCUUGGAGAAAUAGAACUUGAGAAUGUUAAAGUCCAUGCAUACGCUAUUGAGUUUGCUGGCACUAAGGUUGUAUUGGGUGUGGAUCCAGAUGAUGGUACAAAACCAGUGAUCCUCCUUCGAGAAACUGCUGGUGAACAGAUGUACGUUACAUUCAAGACCUUUAACACCACAGUGGAUGCAAAUGCCUUUGAUAUUCCUAAGAUGUGCAACCAACCACCACUAAAAUAGAAGGGGACUGGUUCACAAUACUAUACUAAACAUUAUUGAUUGAUUUGUUUAAUUAUUAUGCCGUACGCUGCCUAUAAUAUUUUUGCUGAUGUACACUUUAUUUUGUUGCUGCUUUAAUAAUAAUGAUAUAUAAUGCA